CACAAGUUCAUUACAAUACAAAAAAUAUUUGUUGUCAUAAAGUAUUACUAAAAUAUGUAAUUAUAUUGCAAAUGCUAUUGUAUGUCUGGUGUACAAUAUAUGCAUGCCAUAUAGAAAAUUCCUUGGUGGAUUUAGGAGCAAGCACUAAUGUCAUGCCAUUUAAACUUUACAAGAAAUUGAACCUAGGUGAAUUAAAACCCACUAGGUUGAGUGUUACAUUGGCUGACCGCUCGGUGAUUAGCCCUAGGGGUAUUGUGGAAAAUGUUCUAGUAAGGGUGGACACAUUUUAUUAUCCGAUGGAUUUCAUUAUCUUGGACAUUAGUGAAGAUGCAGAUAUGCCCCUUAUACUAGGACGCCAUUUUCUUGCCACCGCCAAGUAUUUAAUUGAUGUUAAUGAGGGUACUAUGAUCUUGAGAGAUGGAGAGCAGCAAAUUACUUUUUCGGUUGACCCUAAGAGUAAGAAUGAUUAUGUUAAGGAAGUGGAAUCGAAUGGUAUGCUUGGAAGUGGAGGUGUGCCACUCAAGGCGAACCCCACUAGUGCUCUUGCUCCUUGUGAUUAUGUGAAACAGGGACCUAAGGCUGGUAUCAAACCCGAAGGGAGGAAAAAGAAGGCUUGGUGUGCAAAGAUGUGCCAUGCCUUUACCCAAAAGAAGGAUAAGGGUAAGGCGAAGGUAUCCAACCAAGAGGGCCAUCCUUUGGAGCUUAAGAUGGGAGGUGACAAACCUCGCCCCGAGACCAUGGUGAAUCCACUCUAGGAGACCUCGUGCUCUCAAGCGUGAAAGAGCCGCAACGUCGAGCUAGGGACGUUAAACUAGCGCUUGUUGGUAGGCAACCCAACGUAGGUUUGUUUUCUUUUCUUUAUUUUUAUCUUUUUGUGAUUGAGUGAUGAGUUCAAGUGGUUGAAUGGUGAUCAUCGUGCCACAGUUGUGUGUUUGAAUGUUUUGGAUGUUGUGUUAUUGAGUUACGGGCAUAGAUGAAUAGAUUGAGUCUCGAAAAUUGGAAAAUGCCAUGUCUUUAUCAGUUCAUGGUUUCAGCUCUAUUAUCACGGUCGUCAGACCGUAAUAAUGAGGUGGAGACCAUGAUCUCGAAGGGCAGUUCCACUUUGCCAAAACUGGUAAGCCCCUAAUUGGGUAGCUUGGGUCAAAGAAGGCACAACUACGAAUUCAAUCAAGGAUUGAGUUGAAUUCGAAGAGAAAGAACUCGAAACAGAGUUUCAGGUUCGUGAUUGGAAUGGUAGUGUCGUGCAACCUUCUCAACGGGAAGGAGGCUCGACACUUCAAGAUAGAGGCUUGGCCACGUUCAGUGGGAAUAACUGAACGAUACAAGCUCAAAAUUGAGCCUAGAAACCCUAGGACAAUAUCCAGAUUCCGUGAGCAAGAAGCUAUGGAAAUAAACUCUCGGUUUAUUCGAUUGAACAUCAUAAUCCAACUUACACACCAAGUAAAGAACGUCCUAAUCAGGAUCCAACUAGAAAAGGAAAACAAAUCUAACUGGAAAAAGGAAAUUGAAUUAAACCAUAUACGGAUCCUAAUCCGACUAGGAUUUGGAUUACUAAUUCCUCCAGACAGAAACAAUAGGCUCGACACGAUCUUGGUGCCUUCAUUUGAGCUCGUCCAGGAACCAAACCUUUCAACCAACUCCUUGCCUUUGUAUUAGAAAAUGUGAGCUUUCAUGUGGAACAAAUCUUGAAACUUGAUUCUCACUAAUUGUCUAGAAUGGAACUCCAUAGUUGCUCUCCCGAAACGGUCCCAGGCCUCAGCCGAUUUUGGGUAGUUUUCUGGUUUUGACUUCCACUCUUGCACAGCCUGCAAAGCUACCUUAUGGACUUCCAAUCGAGCUCCAUAGCAUAUCAACAUGUAGAGGGUGACUCCAGCUUCAAAACAAGCCCUUACACGCCCAUUUCUAUUGAGUUAAUAAAUCGUUCCACACGUCCAAACUUGACCACCUAAAACUGUAAAAGACUUAAACAAAAAUCAGUGUUCUUCAGGGGUAAUGGAAAUCGCCUUCUUGACCAUAGAUUGAGCUAUUUAGGAUCAUAAAAAAAAACUCACCGUUUUUGCCCGAGAUCAUGGUUGGAGAGUUAUGUUUACGAUCUUAAUGACCAUGAAAAUCGUCCUCCGUCCGUGAACCUUGGGAUCAUGCUAUUGAAGUGGGACCGUGAUCCCCCCUUCUUCACAAAUCUAUUUUCACCAUAAUCCUCUGAAUCUUGCCAUAAAAUCGCAAUUUCGAU